AUGGAUCUUGUGGGUGUUGAAGAAGUGUUGAAGAAUUGGUUGGUCAUUUGGUGGAGAUGUGAAAUUCAAAUGGUUUCUAUAUCAGGGAUGGGUGGUAUUGGUAAAACCACUUUGGCUAGACAAGUUUUCCAUCAUGACAUUAUCAGACGUCAUUUUGAUGGAUUUGCAUGGGUAUGUGUUUCACAAGAAUUUACGCGAAAGGAUGUUUGGCAAAGGAUCUUGCAAGAUCUUAGACCAAAUGAUGGAGGAAUAAAACAAAUGGAUGAGCAUGAACUCCAACGUGAGCUCUUUCAAAUGUUGGAAACAUCUAGAUAUUUGAUUGUCCUUGAUGAUGUAUGGAAAAAAGAAGACUGGGACGUAAUAAAAGCGGUGUUUCCCCAAAGAAGAGGUGAGCUCUCAUUUUCGAAGAUGAUAAUAACUUCUCGCAAUGAAGGUGUUGGUUCACAUGCAGAUCCAACAUGUUUUGCCUUUAGACCAAGAAUCCUUACUCCCGAAGAAAGCUGGAAGCUAUGUGAGAGCAUAGUAUUCCGUAAUAGACACGAAACAGAGUUUAGGGUUGAUGAAGAACUAGAAGGCAUGGGUAAGAAAAUGGUCACAUACUGUGGAGGACUCCCAUUAGCCGUUAGAGUGUUGGGAGGCUUGUUAGCUAAUAAAUAUACAGUUUCAGAGUGGCAAAGAGUAUAUGAGAAUAUUCAAACUCAAACUCAGAUCGUAGGAAACUGUCUUAGAUGGACAAUCUCAACUCGGUUUACCGAGUUAUUGUCUCUGAGCUAUGAAGAUUUGCCAUGCAGUUAA